CCUUCAUUUAUAACUCUAGAUCUUCUUCUUGUCAUUCUUUUUCUUCUUCUUCUUCCUCCUCCUCCUCAUUAUGUCCAAAGCAAAUGUGAGAAAGUAUGGUCUUGAGAGGAGCAAAAGUGUCAAAGAGACACAGAAACCAAGCCAGAGCUUUUUCCCCAAAUAUCUCAAGAAAGUGUAUCCAAUUGGGCUUCAGAAAAGCACUUCAUCUCUAUCCUUAUCAUCAUUGUCUCUGUCUCUCUCGCAGAACUCAAAUGACUCUUCUCUCACAGCAGAUUCUCUGACACCAUUAGACCAGAAGAUCUCAUUGGCUCUUCGUUUGAUUUCGCCCCGUGAGAAAAAAGAGCCUCCUCCUGCAACUAAAACUGCACAGCAGCAGCAGCAACCAAGUCAACAGAACAAUCCUGCAGAGCCUGGGGAACUGAGAAGGUGCAAUUGGAUCACAAAGAACAGUGAUAAGGUAUACAUAGAAUUCCAUGACGAAUGCUGGGGGGUUCCAGCUUAUGAUGACAACAAAUUGUUCGAGCUGCUUGCAAUGUCUGGCUUGUUGAUGGACUACAACUGGACAGAAAUUCUGAAAAAGAAGGAAAUUCUCAGAGAAGUUUUCGCUGGAUUUGAUCCGCACACAGUUGCAAAAAUGGAGGAGAAAGACAUCAUGGAGAUAGAAUCAAACAAAGCUCUUUCACUAGCAGAAAGCAGAGUAAGAUGCAUAGUAGACAAUGCCAAAUGCAUAGUAAAGAUUGUGAGGGAAUGUGGGUCUUUCAGUAAUUACAUAUGGGGGCAUGUAAACCACAAACCAGCCAUUAACAGAUACAAAUACCCAAGGAAUGUGCCGCUGAGAUCACCAAAGGCAGAGGCCAUAAGCAAGGACUUGGUCAAGAGAGGGUUUCGGUUAGUGGGCCCAGUUAUAGUUCACUCCUUCAUGCAAGCUGCAGGUUUGACCAUUGACCACCUUGUGGAUUGCUAUAGGCACAGUGAGUGUGUAAGCCUAGCUGAAAGACCUUGGAGGCACAUCUGACUUACGAAUUCUAAGACAUUCUUAUCAACACUUGAUUUAUAGAGUUGGCGGAUCAAAUCACCAACUUGAAUCUUCUGCAAGACUGCAACUAAUGUACAGUCCAAUAAGAAAAGAGAUACAAAUCCUGCUCAAGUAGGGCUUGAGUUUGAGUUAGUAUGAUUGUGUGAAUGCAAAAAACGCCUUUGAGAAAAUUGCCUCCAAUUAGACUCGACAGUGCUCGAAUAUGACCUAGUCAUAUGGCCAUAUAAAAAAACAAAAGAGAUACAAAGAUUCAUGGGAUUCACUUAACAUGCAGAUCCAGAAGUUGAGUCUCAGAUCAUAGUGUUUUUAACUUGGUAUUCUUUAUAGAUUGAGUAUAUCUAAAUUUUUUUUAAUAUGAUUCAGCUAUAAAUAUUUCAAUUGGAUUUGAUGAGAGAAAAUUUUCAACUUUGUAUUGUGGUUGAGCAUGUAAAUAUAUGUAUAAUUACAGCCAACAAAUCCAGUUUUUUUUUUUUGUUGGAGGAUUUUUGGGUGAUGUUUCUUUAUUAUUCUUUUGUCCAAUGUAUAAUGAUAAAGUACCAUUAUUGCCACAAUAAAUAAAAUGUGUUGCUCCGUAUUUGGAUGAUUAUUUAAA